UCUUCUCCCAGUCUGAGCAGCAGCAGCGGUGGCAUCAGGGACGGCGGCGGCGGCGGUAGCCGCGACGGCGUCUGAGUGGAGGAAGAUGGCGGCUCCGGGCGGCCCCGGGUCCCGUCAGCUGUGAAGAUUCCCAGAUCCCAGCAAGCACCGGCCUGAGGCAGAGCGGCUGUGCUCUGGCCCUGGCUCGGGCUCCUUCGCCACCGUCGCCGGAGACGCGAAGCCGAGAGCGCGGAGCGGGUUGGGCAAGCUUCAAGUGGGAUGUCAUGGCCAGCUCCUCGGACAGUGAAGAUGACAGUUUCAUGGCUGUGGACCAUGAAGAAACUGUGCUGGAAGGAACAAUGGAGCAAGAUGAGGACUCUCCCCCAGUGUUGGAGGUUGAGGAGACAAGACAUAAUAGGUCCAUGUCUGAGCUGCCGGAAGAGGUUUUGGAGUACAUCCUAUCCUUCCUUUCACCAUAUCAGGAACACAAAACUGCGGCUCUGGUCUGCAAACAGUGGUAUCGGCUUAUCAAAGGUGUCGCCCACCAGUGUUACCAUGGUUUCAUGAAGGCUGUCCAGGAAGGAAACAUUCAGUGGGAGAGCCGCACUUACCCAUACCCCGGAACCCCCAUCACUCAGAGGUUCUCCCAUAGUGCGUGCUAUUAUGAUGCCAAUCAGUCUAUGUAUGUCUUUGGGGGCUGCACCCAGAGCAGUUGCAAUGCUGCCUUCAAUGACCUCUGGAGGCUCGACCUAAAUAGCAAAGAGUGGAUUCGGCCGUUGGCUUCAGGGUCCUAUCCCUCCCCCAAAGCCGGGGCCACUCUGGUCGUGUACAAGGACUUGCUAGUGCUAUUUGGUGGCUGGACGAGGCCAAGUCCCUAUCCCUUACACCAGCCAGAGAGAUUCUUUGAUGAAAUUCACACAUACUCACCAUCUAAAAAUUGGUGGAACUGCAUUGUCACCACCCAUGGGCCUCCUCCCAUGGCUGGCCAUUCCUCCUGUGUGAUAGGAGACAAAAUGAUUGUUUUUGGUGGCUCUUUAGGAUCCCGGCAAAUGAGCAGUGAAGUCUGGGUCCUGGACCUGGAGCAGUGGUCGUGGUCCAAGCCGAACAUCUCUGGCCCCAGUCCUCAUCCCCGAGGUGGCCAGUCUCAGAUUGUUCUAGAUGAUGUGACUAUCCUAAUCCUUGGUGGGUGUGGCGGUCCCAAUGCUCUGUUCAAGGACGCCUGGCUGCUGCACAUGCACCCAGGUCCCUGGGCCUGGCAGCCACUCAAGGUAGAAAACGAAGACCAUGGUGCCCCGGAACUAUGGUGCCAUCCAGCCUGCCGGGUGGGACAGUGUGUGGUGGUCUUCAGCCAAGCUCCUAGUGGGAGAGCACCCCUCAGCCCCAGUUUGAACUCUCGCCCAUCACCUAUCAGUGCCACUCCUCCAGCCCUAGUUCCCGAAACCCGAGAGUACCGCUCCCAGUCCCCAGUGAGGAGUAUGGACGAAGCUCCUUGUGUUAAUGGCCGCUGGGGAACACUGAGGCCCAGGGCUCAAAGGCAGACUCCCUCAGGUUCCCGGGAAGGGAGCCUCUCCCCAGCCAGAGGAGAUGGCUCUCCUAUCCUCAAUGGUGGAAAUUUGUCUCCAGGAACAGCAGCUGUUGGGGGUGCUUCCUUAGACAGCCCAGUACAGGUGGUAUCUCCAAGCACUCCAUCUGCCUCUGAAGGGUAUGACCUAAAAGUGGGACUUUCCCUAGCCCCCCGGCGAGGGUCUCUACCAGAUCAGAAGGACCUGAGGUUAAAUUCCAUUGAUCUGAAUUGGGACCUGAAGUCUGCUUCCAGCAGCAGUCAUGUGGAUGGUGCAGACAACAGGACAGUUGCGGGGAGUGUGAGACACCCUCCAGAACAGACAAAUGGUGUUCACACCCCACCCCACGUGGCCAGUGCUCUUGCAGGGGCUGUAUCUCCCGGAGCCCUGCGUCGGAGUUUGGAAGCCAUCAAAGCGAUGUCAUCCAAAGGCCCCUCAGCCUCAGCCGCACUAAGUCCUCCUCUUGGGUCUUCUCCAAGCUCCCCUGGGAGUCAGAAUCUGAGCAGUGGAGAAACAGUACCCAUCCCCCGCCCAGGACAAGCCCAAGGAGAUGGUCAUUCCUUACCCCCCAUUGCUCGACGCCUGGGCCACCACCCUCCACAGUCCCUCAAUGUUGGCAAACCUCUGUACCAGAGUAUGAACUGCAAACCUAUGCAGAUGUAUGUGCUGGACAUUAAAGACACCAAGGAGAAAGGCCGGGUGAAGUGGAAAGUAUUUACCAGCAGUUCUGUGGUCGGGCCUCCUGAAACCAGCCUGCACACAGUGGUCCAGGGCAGAGGAGAGCUCAUCAUAUUUGGAGGGCUCAUGGACAAGAAGCAGAAUGUGAAGUACUAUCCAAAAACCAACGCCUUGUACUUUGUGCGAGCGAAGAGAUAAUGUGUUCAAAACCCCUUCCCUUUCUGUGGCUUUUAAUUUGGGAUUUUCCAGUGGACAAGCAUUUGGACUGGCACUUGGGAAAAACAACAUGACUCCCACAAACCAAAACUCCAAUUCCACGCCUGACUCACUCCAGGCUGGGAUCAAAUCUCCAUUAAGGAAAAGAUUAUAUAUAUAUAUAUAUAUAUA